CAAGCCAUCUCGCCCAAGAGGCUGAACAACUUGAGGGCUCCUAUGACUGCAGAUGCCAUUGAGAGCUUCGAGUCCUGGCUCCAAGGCCGAGAGAGUGUUCUCAUAGAUCUCCAACAGGCCUACUACCCGCUCAUCUUCCGCUUCACCGUUCGCCUCAUGGGAAUGUGCGAGUGGGCCUCAUCCCCUUCUGAGCUACGGAAGCUGCAAACUGCCUUCUGGCAUACACAGCGCAACUCCGGCUUCUGGACAACGCUGUGCCCAUGGCUACCCCAACCGCGACUGAUAAUGAGGCUAAAGGGCGCUUUCACGCUAUGGUAUAUGACUCGCACUGCGAUUGCUAAGCGGAUCAAGGAAGGAGGGCGGGAGGAAGACUUUGCCCAGAAUCUGAUCGACGAGAAGAUGAACAUUGACAAGAUUUCACGAUGGGUCAUCGGAGCUCUUCUAGCAGGUACGCUCAACACUAUCGGUACAGGCGCGUACACAGUGGCAUUUUUGGGCGCCUCGCCAGAGCUCCGAAAGCAGUGUCGGGAGGAAGUCCUUUCUACAGUCAGGGACUCUGCCGAAGCUCGCGGCGAUGACUUUGAGUCGUUGACACCGCACGAGGCGCUGUCAAGGAUAUCGCUAGACGAAUGGGAGAACAAGUUCACAUUCCUGCAUCUCUGCUUCAAGGAAUCCAUUCGCAUGCUCCUCACCAAUUCCUUGCUUCGCUACUAUCCCGGGCCCAGCAAGGACUCCAAAGGGGUUGAAAAGGAGCGCCUGACAAUUUAUGGACAACCGAUUGAGGAUGAUGUCUACGUCACCUACUCUCCAGCGAGCAAUCUCCAUGAUGCCGAGUCGUUCAAGUCUCCGUUCCGCUUUGACCCAACCAGAUAUAGCAGGGGAGAAGGAGCUACCGACUACACCUACAUCGCCUGGGGCGCAGGUCACCACAAGUGUCCCGGCAUCCGCUUUGCAAAGCUGGAAAGCAUUGUCGCCAUUGCAUCUUUGAUCUUCUAUAUGGACGACUUUGUCACGGUUGAUGAGCGUGGCAUAGCAUAUACUCUGGAGAAUGUCCCGUUACCAGACCUGAGCCAGAGCCAUUGGAGAACCCCGACGAGA